UGCUCGAUUUAAAGCACUUUAUUUCAAUCCAGUCCAAGGAUAUGGGCAAAAUGUGGAACGUUACCUGCAAUAGCCCUCCAAGAACCAAAGGACAACACCUUAUUGCUAUUAAUUUUCCUUCCACUUGCGUGAAGCCUAUGGAUUCCACCAAUGCAAGACCAGAAAUGAUCGUGGCUGGAAAAGAGACAGUUUUAUCCUGUGAUGUUCCUGACUCCUUUGGUACUCAUAAAGUGCGUUGGUGGACUCCAAAGGGAUGGAUAUUUGAAGACGAUCAGUAUUCUACUCAUUACAUUGACCACAUGAAAAACCUGGUUCUCACUUUGCCUGAUCGUUCUGAUGAAGGAUUCUACAUCUGUGUUUCUGAUGUCACUCAGAACAGGAUUUUGUACCAAGUGUAUGUACGUACUGGGGAGUCAGUACCUAUCAGAAGAACCAGAAAUACGCUAGCUGAGCGAGCUCAAGGGAGAACACAGGGAGAGUUCACGGUGGCGGUUUGCCUUUCAGUGAUCAUCACAUUCAUAGGUGCAUUUUGCCUUGGUUUAUUUGCCAGGCCUUUUAUUGAAAACCUGUGGAAGAAACAAUGUAAGCCAAGAUGCUCGAAAAAACAAAAUUCUACAACAGUCUAUGACAAUGAGGGAUUUACAGAUGAAAGAGACUGGUGUUCUACACAUGAAUAUGUUGGAAAAAAUAAAUCAAGAGAUGCAUCUGAGACAGAGUCUUCCUCUGGAAGUAGUAUUACACACCGUGAAGACAAGGUAGCAGUCAAUGUAACCGGAAAUCACUUGGAAGAUAGUGAAAGCCAAGAACUAUAUCAUGCCAAUCCUACUCUGCCAAAAAGUGAGGAAAAUAUUACUAGAAACCAUCAGUGUUCCAGAGAUAUUCCUGCCCACACCAGUUCUCAACUGCAGAGACGUGGAACUUACACAAUAACAGAUGACAAUGAUCAAGGUUCAGAUGGAGAGAUUGUUACACUCAAUGCCGGUCUCCAUAAAACUAAAGAUGGUACAGCCUGGAAUACAGAUAAAUUGCUGUAUGAAAAUCUCAGUCCUCAAUUAACUCCUAAGUCAGAGGCCACAAUUAAUAUACCUGCUGCUCCCACCACCAUCACUGAAAUAGUCAAGAGCCCUAAAACACUCUUCUCAUCUAGAAAUUCGCCUCAAUCUCCAUCACCAGAGACCACACAGGAAGGGGCAGCACACCAUGCAGAUGAUGAUAUGCCCACAGCUGAAAAUCAUAAACCAUUAAGCACUAGACAUUCGGGAUCUAUCCAAAAUAAACAGUAUUCACACACAGCUGUUGUCCACAAGCGGAACAGAGAACGCAUCACUACAUCAUCUGACACCAGUUCAACCGAUGACGGUUCAAUCUUCAGUUUUAGUAUUUCAAAUUCACUGUCCGAAACCACAGAUUUUCCUGAUUUGCCCAGUGAUGAUGAAAAAGUUGAUGUUCAGCAGCACUCCACUGCAGAAGUACCAGGAGGAAACAUGAUGCCUUCACAUUCUGCAGGAGAACACGCCAGUGACAGCUCUAGUAAUCUUAGCACACCUACAGUCUCAAGGCAAACUACUCCAACACCAACACUCACAAAAGAAAGUGAAAUGAAGCAGAAAACUGUGUCAGACCUUUCCAAAUCACAAUCAAACAAAGGCACAGAUAAUCAUUUGGCUGGAAGUGACUUAGAUGCAUCUAACUUAUAUGAUAAAACCAACAUACAGCCAAAAGAUACUUUUAAUUAUUCGUCAGACAACUUAUCAGAUACCAGUUCAUCCUCAAAGAAGUCAGAAGGGAACAGUGAAGUUGUCAUCAAUCAUGAUUGGUCACAGCGGUCAAAUAAUAAAAUACACCUAGACAGAGCCACCGACUAUUCAGAUCUGAGUACAUCUAGUGAGUAUACUGCAGAAUUUCCUGAUGUGCCACAACACUUGCAGAUUCCAACUAAUGAUGUUACAGACGCUGGUCAAAAUCCUUGUAAAAAUGAAGCUGUACUUUAUUGGCUGGAAACAGCUAAUGGUGGAAAUGCUACAAAUGAAUCGCUAAUACCACCUGUUAUAUCUAACAGAGAAGAUCUUUUGAUCACAACCUCUGCGAAAGAGGACUUACUCAACAUCAACUCCCAUGAAGGAAAAACAAUGCAGACAGUAGCAGACUCUUCUGAUACCCUUAACAUUACUCAGCCCAAAACUUACAAAAAUGUGGAAUAUGAUGCAAACACUAAGACACCUUUUAUGGGUUUGGACAAAUAUAUAGGUGGAUCAGUGAAUCCCCUACCUGUUUAUAUGCAAAUGGAGGCACCUACUACUAAAUCAACAGACAAUUCAGGUGCAUAUUUUGUAAAAAGGAGGAAGGUUUUUGAUGCAUUUUCUGCAUCCCUGAAUACCGGAGAGAACUUAAUAUAAACUUUUGUUUCACUUGGUGUAAAAGUCACGUGGUGGCACUUUAUAUAC